AUGUCACGCGCCUCGGCUGGCUUUGCGGACUUUUUUCCAACCGCCCCUUCUGUGCUGCAGCGGAAGCGCGUCCGAUCCCAGGAUCGUCGCGAGAAAGUGCCUGGCGAUGGCGACCAGAUCUCCGAGGCCACUGCCGCCAACCUCCUCCCGGCGUCCGACAUCCCCGGCACCAGCAGCACCAGCACCGACGAGGCCAUCUCGGGAGACGGGGAGCCGCCUCAAACGUCGACCGUCGCGCCGGAAAUGGAUGCAGUGAGUUUUUCUUCCUCUCAAAAAGCCUCUGAGGGGGUCUCCGCACCGUCAACGGCGCCCACGACGAAUCUUCAUUCGUCGCAUAUUGAUACCCUGACACCACUCACCAAUGCCGAGUCGUCACCCCCUCGCAAAGCUGCCAGCCCAUCUCAAUUGAAGGGAGCUGGCGAGCGCUCGCCUGACUUGGGCCGGGGAUCGAAUCCGGAAAUCUCAAAAUCCUCCAUCACCCCCGUUCACACGCCUCCCACACCCCAGUCGCAGAUCCGUCCUCAUGAGACCGUUAUCAAGGGUUGCAAGGCUGUCUAUGACCCAGAUUUAGAUAAACGGUCAUCGUCCAAGGAGAGGCGCAGGAAGCCAGAAUACGUGGAUAUCCUUGCGAGCGGUCAAGACGCCCCUCCACUGGACCCGCGCCUAGCCAUCUCCAACUAUACACGCGGAUCAGGUUGCAAGCAAAAAACAAAAUACCGACCGACUCCCUACACCCUAAAACUAUGGCCCUACGAUGCCGCAACGAGUAUCGGUCCUGGGCCCCCAGUCCAAGUGGUGGUAACCGGCUUCGAUCCUCUGACCCCAGUCGCCCCCAUCAGCGCCCUCUUCUCGAGCUUCGGUGACAUUUCGGAAAUGAACAAUCGCACAGAUCCAAUCACCGGUCGGUUUCUGGGAAUUUGUUCCAUCAAAUACAAAGACGCCGCCUCCUUCCGGGGUUCAGGUCCAGUGUCGGCCUCCAGCGCCGCACGGCGUGCUUAUUACGAGUGCAAGAAAGAGCAACGCAUUGGAACCCGUCGGAUUCGAGUGGAGUUGGAUCGGAAUGGCGCGGUUUCGGAGCGAAUGGCGUCAAAGGCAGUUGAAUCUCAGCGACUGGCCUCCAAAACCACCCCUGCACCAACCCCGGACACAAAACCAGAUCUUCAGACCAAGAAUAAUGAACCGCCACCGACCGCGCCCAAAGGUCCUUCCGGUCGAUCGGCCAUGCGGCCUGGAGUCACGAUCCCCGAGGGGCCAAGGGCUAGCGUUCGAUCCCCUGCCGCGCUAUCACUGGUCGAGGAUGUGCCCAUCUUGAGCCAAAUCAAGCGUGAACCUUACAUUUUCAUUGCUCAUUGCUAUGUGCCAGUCCUCAGUACCACGAUCCCACACUUGAGAAAGCGACUCAAGCUCUUUGGAUACAAGGAUAUCCGAUGUGACCUGACCGGAUACUAUAUUAUCUUCGAGAAUUCACGACGAGGUGAGCAGGAGACGGAGCGGUGCUUUCGGUUAAGCCACAUGAAACCUCUGUUCACCUAUAUCAUGAAUAUGGAGAGCCAACCAUAUGGCAACCCGAACUAUGAGCGCAGUCCUAGCCCCGAACGGCUUCGAGCUGAGCAGCGCGAAAAAGCCGAAAAGGAACGGACACGCAAGGAAAACGAACUGGACCUAGAAGAAGAGAAGAAGCUACGUGCCAUUGACCUGGAUCCUUGUCGAGAAGUGCUUUCAAUCAUCAUUCGCGAUCUUCGAGACAAGCUUUUGGAGGAUGUCAAGUCACGCAUCGCGGGUCCUGCAUUGUACGACUAUCUCGAUCCGAGCAGGCAUGCUGCGAAAAGAGAGAAACUGGGAAUCGCAGACCCAGAAGGCCCGAAACGGUCCAUGUUCCGCAUUGAUAUCGACAGUAGCGUUGGGACCCCGGAUACUAGGUCUGAACUAUCCGCUGGACGAAACCCACUGGGGACGUCGGGCCUCAAUGUCCUUGCACUCCCUCGUAUCCGGAAAGCCCAAGGCCUUGAUCACGCAGGAGCGGCCUUCCUCGAUGAACGGCGCAGGCAGCCAUUGCGAAGACGAGAGGUUCGGCCUCUGUACCACCGCCUUGCGCAGUUGCAUGAUGAUGAGGAUUCCGAUGACGAGCAACGGACACCUCGGACUCGGGAUACGGAAGAACAAGAAAGUCGGCCAUUGAGCCGUGCAAGUUCAAUCUCGUCUGAAUCUGAACAGGAUGAGGAAUAUCACUCGGAUGGCUUGGAGCCGUCUCAAGCAAUUGAAAAUGAAGUGGACAAGAAUCUGAGUCUCUCUCCCCAGUCCCGUAAGAGGAAACGAUUGACCGGAGAACACGCAACACGGAAACGGCAGAGACAAGACGAUGAACUCUUUGGCAUCGACUCUUCGGAAGUAGCGGACCGCAAACCCACAGACCAAAUCUCUGAAACAACUGCGGACGCUGAAGGUCCUGGGGCUAAGCUGGCUAUCCACGACAAGCAAUCAGAGAAAGUAUACUCUGAUUUGUUGCCUGACAAAGAUAUCGAACUGCCUGCCGAGGAAGAAUUCGUUGACGAACCGAGAGCCGAAAUCCACUGGGGUGUGUCCAAGGAGAAGCCGCGCGCCACAGUGGAAGAUGAUGAAAACAUUGUGAUGGAUCUGGAUGGAUGGCAACAUCUGAUCAAGGAUGAUGAAGAUCUACGGUUCCUUCGUGAGAUCAUGCCAGAGCAAUGGCAAUCUAGUGUUGGGAACCUUGCUGGAUGGGCAUGGAGGCAGAAGGAGAUCAAAGCGCUCAAUCGACUCGAGGAGAAAGGUCCGACAUACGACACACUCGGCAUCUUGGGCUACUACGUUCCGAAUGCUUCUGGCGCUGCUCGGACUGAAGGGCGCAAGAGGAUCCUCAAUUCCGAGAAGUCAAAGUACUUGCCGCAUCGCAUCAAGGUCCAGAAAGCGCGCGAAGAGCGCGAGGAAAAGGCAAAGGCGGAUCCCCAGACCGCCGCAGCCGAGGCGGCGAGGAUUGCUGCUGCCAAGACCAUCUCAAAAUCCACGUCAAGGUCGACGCGUGUUAACAACCGCCGACUCAUCGCCGACAUCAAUGCUCAAAAGCAGGCUCUCCCGCUGUCUAGCGGCGAGGGUGACGUUCUUCGGUUUAACCAGCUGAAGAAGCGAAAGAAGCCCGUUCGUUUUGCCCGGUCUGCCAUUCACAACUGGGGUUUGUAUGCCGAAGAGAACAUCACCGCCAACGACAUGAUCAUCGAGUAUGUGGGAGAAAAGGUGCGCCAGCAGGUCGCAGAUAUGCGAGAACGCCGGUAUCUGAAGAGUGGCAUUGGCAGCAGCUAUCUCUUCCGUAUCGACGAAAACACCGUCAUCGACGCGACCAAGCGAGGAGGCAUUGCCCGGUUUAUCAACCACAGCUGCACACCGAAUUGCACCGCCAAGAUCAUCAAGGCGGAUGGCAGCAAGCGGAUUGUCAUCUAUGCGCUCCGGGACAUCGAACGAGAUGAGGAACUCACCUACGACUACAAAUUCGAGCGAGAAUGGGACAGCGACGACCGAAUCCCCUGUCUCUGCGGUUCCACGGGCUGCAAGGGCUUUCUCAAUUAA